GCGAGUGCAAACAAAUCUUUAAGCCAUGCGUUUUAUAUUUAUAUACAGUCUGAUCAUUGGUUUGCUGCUAACUGAACAGCUAUUUGGCUUUAGCUUACAAUAUCGCGGCAAUGCCAGGCACCCAACGUUGACAGAUCAUUGCUACUAUGAGGAGUUGGGCUUGAGUGUGCCCUUAAACGAUUUUGUCUAUCCCGUCAAUCAAACAGACUUCUGUGCCAAUGUUUAUUGUCGUGAGGAUUAUGUGCUGAUGAUCAAACACUGUGAUCGCAUGCAGCUGGCCCAUGGCUGUUAUUUUACAGAUAACAAUUAUACACUACCUUAUCCGCAGUGCUGUGCUCAGCUUGUCUGUGAAAAUGCAUAACAAAGUAAAUACGAUAAACAUAAGUAAAAUAAAAAAAG